CUUACUGCUGUACAUAACCCCCAACUCCUGCGUAUUUUGUGGUGGUCCAUCAUUGUGUGUCAAAAGGCGUUGGUCGAGGUUCAUGGGUUCUUUGCUUGUGGUUUUACUGCAUCUUAGUUUUCAUUGUUAGGGUUGCGAAGGGCUGUACGGAGAGGUUCUGCUAUCCAGAGUAACGGCCAAAUGCCCGAAGCAUUCUUUUUGACUUGGAGGAGUUUCCCCGGCUUAUUUUCUGUGAAGUGUGGCAACUCGAAGCCCUGAGUCUCUCGUCGAAAUCGGUCCGACGUACCCAAAGGCUUAUCCUCAGAUUAUGUGUCGUCCGCCCCGCGUCCGAUGCCUCUGGAGAAACAAACGCUUUGAAUACUUUGUCUUAUGCUAUUGAAGACAUACAAGCAGUGGUCAGUUACGCCGUGGUAUCUCCGCUUGAUCUAUCAUGACUUCCGACGUCACGGGCAGCCAUGAGCCGGAGCUGUCGAUGCCGACACACCAAAAUUCGGUGCUGCCUACUGAAGUAAGCGCCCCGCAACCCGUUGCAGAUAUAUACAAUGGUCGAGGUGAGGAGUACAGAGCUCCUGGGGGACCGCCACGCCAGAUCCGGAAAAAGGCCCCGGAAAAACCGGACGAAAUUCCCCAGAAACCCAGAGUCGAGUUGGAUGAUUUUGGACUACCUAUUCGAAAAGCUAGACCUUCACCUGAUAGCAAUUCACAGCCAGCCAUCGCGACUACCGGAAAGUCAACGGGAAGCACUGAUAACCUGCCUCUACGGAGCAAAACUGAGGAUAGCUUGGCGCGCCAGAAUCUUACACGUUCUGUAUCUGCACCAGUUCGUGAUAUAGAUAGAUCUAAGAAGAAUCCAGAACCGGAUACAAUAAUUAACACGGACCAGCAGACCAAAGAGAUCGCCGAUCGGACACUGAAAAAAUCAGCCGUAGAUACCUCCGAACAAUCCCAGCCCAAUCAGGAGCCUUCCGAGAUAGAGAAACUCGGCGGCCAAAGUGACACACUUGCCGCCGCUCCGGCCGUGUCUGAAUGGUCACACCAGAGGCUCACAACGAAGGAUGAAUCCACUGAUAGCGAAGAUGACGAACGCUGGCAAGCUAUGCCAGCGCUCGGUUCUUUUGAUGUCUACGAUGACUAUGGUAGACUCGUGGCGCGUGGCAGCAAAGAAGAAGAUGAAGAAGCCGUAUAUCAAGGCCUAGGGGGCGCUGGGAAGGGGUAUACCAGAGUUCAGAUUGAUGAGGAUGCCCAAUCGGCUACCAGUUUAGAUGAGGAGACGAAAUACCUUUUUCCAGAGCCCCAAACCAAUGCGCUGGGCAUUGAGGAUGAUAUUCGAGACCCCAUGUCUCAGUUACAGGCAACGAAGACCUUACUCACCGAGGGACAGAGAAUCGCUUACGUCGGUGUAACUCGCCUCAUUAUAUUCCAGAUGGUCAAGGACCUGGAGGGUAUCCAAUCCACAAAAUCAGCUCGUAAAUAUCUAGCGGAUGCCGCUGACGCCACAGCAAAAUGGGGCCAGCAAAUGAUGAUUCGACUCUAUGGCCAUAUGGAGAUCGACGCGGCAGAACAAGUAAUGAUUGAACAGCUGGCUGAGCAUGGAGUUCAACCGGUGGACCUCGUUCCUCCCCUUAUGCAAAACUCGCGAGUCAAGAAUCCUGCUGCGGAUUGUUCGGCUGCAAAGGAUGCCUCUGAUUCUGCGAGCUCCAAGGCGGAUCGUCCUGCCAGUUCUGUUUCAGGGACUUCUGAAACUCCCUCGACUAGUACCUCACCACCUCCCUAUUCAGAACAUCAAAAUGAUGACCUGCCUGAAGUGCGAACGCCUUCUCAACUACCAUCAUCUAAGAAGCUUGAUAUUGAUCUCCGGUGGACGGUGCUGUGCGAUCUUUUCUUGGUGCUCAUCGCAGACUCAACAUAUGAUGCCAGAUCACGUCGUUUGCUUGAGCGGGUAGCAGAGACGAUGGACAUUUCCUGGAUGCAAAUAUGCCGAUUUGAGAAACGGGUUGUUGAUGCUUUGGAAAUGCAAGAAGAGAGAAACAAAGAAACAUGGGAUGAGGCUGAGCAUAUGGAAAAACGCAGGAAGGAAGCACUGAAGCGAAGAUACAUGAUUAUGGGGCUCGCGACCGUGGGUGGAGGCUUGGUCAUUGGCCUGUCAGCCGGCUUACUGGCCCCUGUCAUUGGGGCUGGACUGGCUGCGGGCUUCACGACCAUCGGGGUAUCCGGCACUGGUGCUUUCCUUGGUGGAGUGGGUGGUACUGCAUUGAUCACAUCCGGUGCCACUCUUACGGGAAGUACAAUUGGUAUCAGGGCAUCAAACAGACGGACUGGAGCCGUUAAAACCUUCGAGUAUCGCCCAUUGCAUAAUAACAAGAGACUAAACCUGAUUGUUACUGCCGCUGGAUGGAUGACUGGCAAGGUGGACGAUGUUCGGUUGCCAUAUAGUACAGUUGACCCUGUUAUGGGCGACAUAUACUCCAUUUUAUGGGAGCCGGAAAUGCUUCAGAGCAUGGGUGCUACUAUCAACAUCCUUGCGACAGAGGCUUUAACCCAGGGUCUUCAGCAAGUUCUCGGAAGUACAAUCUUGACUGCGUUAAUGGCUUCGUUACAGCUCCCAAUUGUUCUCACAAAGCUCUCUUAUUUGAUUGACAAUCCCUGGAACGUGUCACUUGCCCGGGCCAAUGCCUCUGGCCUUAUUUUGGCCGAUUCGCUUAUCGACCGAAAUCUCGGAAACCGUCCGGUCACUCUUCUAGGUUUCUCGUUGGGAUCAAGGUUGAUUUUCUCUUGCUUGAAAGAGCUUGCAAAUAAAAGAGCGUAUGGCAUAGUUCAAAACGUAUAUCUGUUUGGUUCCCCUGUUGUCGCAAACAAAGACGAGUACCUUAAAGCUCGAAGUGUUGUUUCAGGAAGGUUUGUGAACGGAUACGCGUCUAAUGAUUGGAUUUUGGGAUACCUUUUCCGAGCCACGAGCGGCGGAAUCAUGCGUGUGGCAGGCCUGGCACCUGUUGAGGGUAUACCUGGGAUUGAGAAUUUUGAUGCCACCAAGUUUGUAAACGGCCAUAUGGCCUACCGAGCUGCCAUGCCCCGACUUCUUCGAGAAGUUGGAUGGGAGGUGGAAAGCGACGAAUUCACCGAAAUAGAAGAUCCCGACCCUGAUAGCCAUCAGGAGAGACAGCGAGAGCUUAUACGUGAGAUCCAAGAAGCCCGGAAGCAGGCGGAAGAGAAGCCAGAUAAGAAGAAAUUUGGCUUCUUCAAACGAGGGAAGCUUGCGGAGAAAAAGGGAUGGGAGACUUACGAUGUUGACCAGGGUGAUCGCAGCCCUACCAAUUCGUGUGACGGUAACGCUGAUCCUGGAGGCACGGUCCUGUUUGAUAUCGAUGCAAUCCGAGCAGAACUAGCCAGUGAGCAAAUUCAAGUGAAACAACUCGAGUCAACAUUGCCGCCGAUGAAGUUGCAUCUCAAUCCACCAUCUCCCGUUGCGUCUCCGAGCUUCCACGGACAGAAGAAAGCACCACCGCUGAGCACAGAACUGGAGGAAGCCGCAAUUGAGACUCACACAGCUUCUGACUCACCAAGCGAGCCAGCAGAUGCAAGACUCCAAGAUUUCAAACCCCUACCAGAUUUACCUUCCGAUGGAAACCCAUUCAACGAGUCAUGGCGCCAAGAAGAAAUCCAAAUGACAUUCGACACCGCAUACCACCAGACACCAUCUACGACAUCACCCUCUCUGGCAGAGUCAGGAAACCACGAACUGGGCCCCGUGUCAUCGAAUCUGACUCCUUUACAUUCCGUGACUCAAUCACCAACAGAGACGCACAACGACCCUCCUCGACUGGCACAUUUCGACAAGUCAGGCCUAAAUCACAACGCUUGGGCUACUGAUGAUGAUGACUCAAGCAUCAAGCUCUCGUUUGCUUAGGAGAUCUUGUAACGACGAGCCUUACCCCGUUUCAUUCUUGCGAAAUAUUUAUUUCUCUUUCCGUUUAUAUUUGCCCUUCGAUGUCUAAAUGCCUUUGAUAAAUUCACUAGAGUGGAGAGGGAGGUUUGGUUUGUAUGGAGUCCCCGUGUAUAGCAGCAUAUGACUGAGAAGGCAGUGGAAUGCCGACAUGAUUGUGUGCAUCAUCAUCGGCGUCGUCUUUUUGGUUUGACUGUUGACGAGUAUGAAUAUACGGUUAUAUAUUAUGCUCUCACACAUCUUACAAGCUAUUUGAAAACACCGAUACAAUUUUUUCUCUCACA